GACGUCAUCAACCGGAAGUACUCGCCACAGUCAGUGUUAAAAGACGCUCACAAUGAGCUUGUUGGCGGUUCUAAGUGUACGUUAAAGGAUUUAUGAAAUAUUUUUCCUACAGUUUAACCAAGUUGGUUUUGGUGACAUGGUGGGCUUUGACCCCAGGGCACAGGGGGUCCCUCUAAGCGCCCAUGAGGCAGCUUUGGCUGGGUCGGCCGCUGGCACGGUCACCCGAGCUCUCAUCAGCCCCUUGGACGUCAUCAAAAUACGAUUUCAGCUGCAAAUUGAGAGUCUGUCCUCCACGACGCCGGGUGGGAAGUACUGGGGUAUACUUCAGGCAGCACUCCGCAUUCACUCUGAAGAAGGCCUCGCCGCUUUUUGGAAGGGUCACGUCCCUGCGCAGCUGCUUUCCAUUUGCUACGGAGCAGUGCAGUUUGCCACUUUUGAGCGCCUCACCAAGUUGGUCCAUGACAAGACCAUUUUGGACAGUCAGACAUCAGGCGUUCACUUCCUGUGCGGUGGUUUGGCCGCCUGCUCAGCUACGGUGGCAUGUCAGCCUUUGGACACGCUCAGGACGCGUUUUGCCGCACAGGGCGAGCCCAAGCUGUACAGGAACCUCCCACACGCCGUGAGCGCCAUGUGGCGGUCAGAGGGUACACUGACAUUCUACCGAGGCCUCUCUCCGACGCUCAUCGCAGUUUUUCCAUAUGCGGGACUGCAGUUUUUCUUCUACAAUGUCUUCAAAAGGCUUUUGGCGUCUCAUCUCGCCACUGGCAAGUCUGAAGAAAACCUGAAAAGUCUCCUGUGCGGAAGCGGCGCCGGAAUGAUCAGCAAAACAAUCACAUACCCAUUCGAUGUUUUCAAGAAGAGACUGCAAGUUGGAGGCUUUGAGGAGGCCAGAGUUCACUUUGGACAGGUGCGGCACUACCGAGGCUUGGCAGAUUGCGUGUCACGGAUGACCAAAGAGGAGGGCGUGCGAGGCUUUUUUAAAGGCCUCUCUCCCAGCCUGCUCAAGGCGGCACUGUCCACCGGCUUCACUUUCUUUUGCUACGAAAUGUUCCUCGACGUGCUGCGAGAACUCAAAAAAGACCGGCAAAGGUAGCCGAGAUGUCGUCACUUGUUUACAAAACUGGGUGCGGUGGUAGGAAUAUUUACAUUUAUUUAUCAUAUUUUGUUUUUAAGCAAAUACCAUCAUGGAGUUAUUUUCAUAUGAAGCUGAAUUUUGCACUUUUUCACCAUCGGCUUUACAUUUGCGUACCUUGACUUAUGAGUUCUCCUACCUACAGAAAGGAUGCCACAAGCAAUUAUUUUGAUAGUCGAUUAAUCACUGUUUAUUUUUACCAUUGGUCGACUAAUUGGGUAAUAUAUUAAUCACGAGAUAGAACUCAUGAUUUAAAAGUUGGAUUAUGAAAAUCAUAGUGAGUAAAAAGCAGAUGUUUGGAAAUAUCCCAUUUGGAUUCAUUACAAAUAUCGGGGUGCUAUCGUCAAGGAUGACAGAUAUUAUUUAGAUCUAAAAUUAUAUUAAAUAAAAUAAAAAAAUGUGUUCUUUUAUAUUUAAAAAUGUUCUCUAUUAGGAGGUUCAAAAAGAGGAUUUGUUCAAAUUUCAGGUCAACGAAACGAGUCAUUGACGAUCAGAUAGUUGGAAAUACAUUUGAUCCUCAAUUAGUUUAAUCAACCACUCAUGGCAGCCCUAGUUAUAAGCAAUUAGCUAUUACAGUUUUAAAGUCUUUGUAGAAAGAAAGGUGUAAAAUUUACCUUGCCAUCCUGUGAUACAUGACCAUUCUUUAUUUUUCCGAAAAACAUUGUUAUGGUGAUCUUUUCCUAAAUAAAUAUAAACACCUCAAUUUUUCAACUUUAAUAGCGCACCUGAUGGUACGCCACAUCCCCUCAAUUCGACAAAAAAACUGGAAUUGUUCAUUAGAGAAGCUGAACUGGACUAUAACUCACGUGUCCCCACAUUCUAUUGUGGAAUAUUUACACCAAAGCUCAUUAGCAUGCAAAAAAUAUCUGGACCAUAAGCCGCAGUGUCCCAUAAUUAUGGUCAAUGGCUUUAAAGUUUAGCACUUCAUCGGGCAAUUCUAGCACCGUCAAGGCAGCCAAUGAUUUAAGAACACUAUUAUGGGUUUACAGAAUUUCCAUUCCAUUUCUUGGGAAAAGCUAAUGUGAGCCAAGUAACCAACUUGACGAAAACAGCUUGAACUCAUAAGUCAAGGUGGCACUCUACUCAUACAGUUAUAAAUGCCUAGUGGACUCGAACGCACAAUAAAUGUGAUAUUUAUCAAGUGAAAAGUGUUGUUGGGUCAAUUAUGAGUUGAUAAAGUGGUGACAACAGUAUUUUAUUGAGUUGGAUUUACAGCAUAGGAAUAGUUGAAAUGAACAAAGUCAAGUCAAAGUACAUUGAAAAUUUGCAAAUACCAGUAAAACACUUAACAUUCAAAUUACAUAAGCAAACAACACCAUGCAAGAACAUCACGUAGUAAUGUUGAAAUACACAACAGUCAAUUAGCAAAGUUCAAUUAUUAUUAUUUUUUUUCAAAAUGUCAUUAGAUUUUGAGGGCCUUGAAGCAAUCCAAUGAUUUCAGUGAAUGAAGUUUGGUUAAUUCUGUUUUUUAAAGGUCACCCAGUAAGGCCCAUGCUUGGAUGGACACUAGAAUAUAUACAGUAUUUAUUUACAGUGGGGCAAAUAAGUAUUUAGUCAACCACCCAUUGUGCAAGUUCUCCUGCUUGAAAAGAUUAGAGAGGCCUGUAAUUGUCAACAUGGGUAAACCUUAACCAUGUGUUUGAUUUUUAAAGAAUUUAUUUCCAAAUUAGAGUGGAAAAUUUUUGGUCACCUACAAACAAGCAAGAUUUCUGGCUGUCAAAGAGGUCUAACCUCCUCUAACGAGGCCUAACGAGGCUCCACUGGUUACCUGUAUUAAUGGCACCUGUUAUAACUCAUUAUCGGUAUAAAAGACACCUGUUCACAACCUCAGUCAGUCACACUCCAAACUCCACUAUGGCCAAGACCAAAGAGCGGUCGGGGGACACCAGAGACAAAAUUGUAGACCUGCACCAGGCUGGGAAGACUAAAUCUGCAAUAGGUAAAGCGCUUGGUGUAAAGAAAUCAACUGUGGGAGCAAUUAUUAGAAAAUGGAAGACAUACAAGACCAAUGAUAAUCUCCCUCGAUCUGGGGCUCAAUGCAAGAUCUCACCCCGUGGCAUCAAAAUGAUAAGAAGGGUGAGCAAAAGUCCCAGAACCACACGGGGGGACCUAGUGAAUGACCUACAGAGAGCUGGGACCACAGUAACAAAGGCUACUAUCUGUAACACAAUGCACCGCCAGGGACUCAAAUCCUGCACUGCCAGACGUGUCCCCUUGCUGAAGCCAGUACACGUCCAGGCCCGUCUGCUAGAGAGCAUUUGGAUGAUCCAGAGGAGGACUGAGAGAAUGUGUUAUGGUCAGAUGAAACCAAAAUAGAACUUUUUGGUAGAAACACAGGUUCUCGGGUUUGGAGGAGAAAGAAUACUGAAUUGCAUCUGAAAACACCAUACCCACUGUGAAGCAUGGGGGUGGAAACAUCAUGCUUUGGGGCUGUUUUUCUGCAAAGGGACCAGGACGACUGAUCUGUGUAAAGUAAAGAAUGAAUGGGGCCAUGUAUUGAGAGAUUUUGAGUGAAAAUCUCCUUCCAUCAGCAAGGGCAUUGAUGAUGAGACGUGGCUGGGUCUUUCAGCAUGACAAUGAUCCCAAACACACAGCCAGGGCAACAAAGGAGUGGCUUCGUAAGAAGCAUUUCAAGGUCCUGGAGUGGCCUAGCCAGUCUCCAGAUCUCAACCCCAUAGAAAAUCUGCGGCGGGAGUUGAAAGUCUGUGUUGCCCAACGACAGCCCCAAAACAUCACUGCUCUAGAGGAGAUCUGCAUGGAGAAAUGGGCCAAAAUACCAGCAACAGUGUGUGAAAAGCUUGUGAGGAGUUACAGAAAACGUUUGGCCUCUGUUAUUGCCAACAAAGGGUACAUAACAAAGUAUUGAUGAAGUUUUGGUAUUGACCAAAUACUUAUUUUCCACCAUGAUUUGCAAAUAAAUUCUUUAAAAAUCAAACAAAGUGAUUUUCUGUUUUUUUUUCCACAUUGUCUCUCAUGGUUGAGGUUUACCCAUGUUGACAGUUACAGGCCUCUGUAAUAUUUUCAAGUGGGAGAACUUGCACAAUUAGUGGUUGACUAAAUACUUAUUUGCCCCACUGUAUACAUGUUCUGUUUUUAAUGAGUGCUUAAAUGAAUUUACACUGACUCUGAUUAAGUUGAAAUGUGUAUGUGACAAGAAACUAUGCUAGUGUGAGUUGAACUUCAUUUGGAUUAAAAUAGUGAUUUGGCGCUGAGAAAGUGAGUUGCAUUGCUCCCUUUAGGCAAAAGUAAUGUUUUGCCACCAAGUUCUGAAAGUACUAAGAAACUCUCCGAUAUAGUGGGAGUGAAAUAGUGUUGUGCCGCCAUCUUUUUGCGUUGAGUGAUAGCCACAAACCAUUAAUGAAGUUUUGUCAAUUGCUUUUAGAUUAAUGAAGCAAGCCCCACUGCUAAAAAGAAACAAAUCCACAAAGGACCAAUAAAUUACAAUUUUUUGAAUAUGAAAAAUUUUGAAAUUAGUGCAGAUGACAAACCAAUAAGCGGUUUCACAUGUUGGGUCCCCCAAGAAAAAAUAAACAGCAGAAAAGCAGCCACAGUCAAAGCAUGGCUUUGUCUUUAACCCAUUUGCAUCAUCUCACUGACUGCAAAAAUGAGUUAAAUAUGCUAAUUCUUUUUUAAAUUGUCACAAAUUUCUGCCCUGUGUGACCUUUGACCUCAUGACCUCUUCUGUUUCAUAUUGUAAACGUAUCCUGCGAGUUUGAUGGGAAUCCCUUUAUUCUUCCUUGAGUUAAAGACAUAAGCAGCCGAGUAAUUUAACCUCUGCCUUCAGUAAGUUUGACCUACUGGCUGAAGUCAUAAGAUAUCAAAAAAAAUUUAGGCGAACUGGUGAAUCCACGAAUAUGUGCACAUAUAAAUCAAUAUUUACACCAUUUUUCCCCCCCACAUCCACAGCAGCCAAGUGAGACGUUCAGAUACGCGUGAAAUCCCGACGCCAGCUCAUCAAACAAAACGUACGUGCGUUACGCGACUCCAUCACCACACGUGAGCAACCCCAGUUAGUCUCUGUGGGCUUUUUAUUGACGUAUUAAUCUUAGGAAUGUAUGCUACACGUAAUCCAGCAAGCACGCCGACCGGCGCUUCCGUCUUUUUGAGGCCCGCGACUCAUUUUUCGGGACUCGAUCCCUUUGGGCCGCGGCGAGUUAAGACCACCGUCUCGCCGAAAAUUUCAUUCGGGCUGCGGGCUGGAGUUCCACGAGAAAAAGCUGGGCAGUUUGAAAAUGGAAUCACGCCGACCCUGCGGGUCGGGCAGCGUCAGGGUCUCGGGGGCGGACUUCUUGCGGGGGCGGUCCUUGGGCACGCUGAGGAACUCUGGGGCCUCGGUGGACAGGGGCGUGGACGGGGCACUGUUCGGUCCGCCGCGGGCGCCGGACACCAGCGCCGUCUCGCUGAUGCUGAUGGUCGGCGGGAAAGUGCCCAGCUUCAGGUUGGUGGCCUCCUGCGUAGCGCGCUCAUACUCGCGCACCUCCUCCAUGCUCAUGUCUGACGGCAAAUACACAACACAUCGUUGACGACGAUAGAUAUCCAAUCCAUUUGGACUGGAAGAAAAUUGGAUAAUCGCUGCCAGCAUCCUCCCAGUCCAAAUGGAUUUGACACGUCUAUCGCGGUCAACGGCACUGACACUUUAAAAGAAAUUUUCCAGUAGUACUGUAGUUCUUAAACAUUUCCUGAAACACUUUUUCUAAAAAUACAAAGUACCACCAUAAUUAUUGCAGCAGUCAAACCAGCCCAAGUAACCCCCCAUCCCCUCAAAAAUAUUGUGCUCCAUUUUUUGCUAAAAAAAACAUUUAAAUACAUUUUCUCUAGUUCUCAAGGAAGGGUCGAUAAGAGAAAUCAGACAAUGUUUAUAGUUUUUUUUUUCAUGAAUGAAAUGAGAAUUUUUAUUUGUAUGUAUGUUUUAUAUAUUGUAAUUUUUUAUUCAUUUCAGGGUUUAUGCGGAUCAUUAAAAAGCAUUACAAGUCAUUAAAUGGGUUAGUUUUAUGUCGAAAUUCAGGCCUUAAAAGGCAUUAAACUAAAUGUUCAAGGCUUUAAAAAUUAUGUUAACCGGGUUAAGAGAACACAAGAUAGAAUCGACUCUCCCCUAUAAUUAUCGGCUACCCGAUAAUAUUGGCCGAUAAAGAUGCACGCAUUGAACACAAGUAGGGUUGUUCCGAUCAUGUUUUUUUGCUCCCGAUCCCGAUCAUUCUAGUUUGGGUAUCUGCCGAUCCCGAUAUUUCCCGAUCCGACUGCUUUUUUUUUUGCUCCCGAUUCAAUUCCAAUCAUUCCCGAUAAUUUUUCCCGAUCAUAUACAUUUUGGCAAUGCAUUAAGAAAAAAAUGAAUAAAACUCGGACGAAUAUAUACAUUCAACAUACAGUACAUAAGUACUGUAUUUGUUUAUAAUGACAAUAAAUCCUCAAGAUUGCAUUUACAUUAUUAACAUUCUUUCUGUGAGAGGGAUUCACGGAUAGAAAGACUUGUGACUUUGUAUAUUGUGACUAAAUAUUGCCAUCUAAUGUAUUUGUUGAGCUUUCAGUAAAUUAUACUGUAGCCAUGCCCAAAUGCAUGAUGGGAAGUGGAACCAUGACUGUGUGUAGUGCUACGAAUUUAUAUAUCUUCUCUGCGUUGGGAAAUAACAUAAGGUGUUAAGAAAAAGAUCAAUUGCUACCUUGCUUCCCCACAUUGCUUCCCAUGAUAUUUCUAAUCGUGGGAAGAGGUAUUGUAAGGCUUUAGCCAAUUAAAAAAAGGCUCCAAAGGCUGCCAAAUUCACUCUACUCAUUUUACGCUGCUUUUUAUCUCUCUAGGUAAAACGGCGCCAUUACAGAUAGAGCGCGACAAUGCGUGAGUGGGUCGUGCAGCGCAUGCAUUAAUGGCGUUAAAUAUUUUAACGUGAUACAUUUUUAAAAAAUUAAUUACCGCCGUUAUCGGGAUAAAUUUGAUAACCCUACCUUAAGCCUAAUCUAAAGACUCUGGAUGAGUGUAACAUAUUAUGUCUGUAACGUUAAAUACAAUUAGAAAACAAUUUAAUAAAAAAAAAUAUAUAUAUUUAAAAAAAGGCAUGGCCGAUAUUUUUUUGCCGAUUCCGAUACUUUGAUAAUGACGUGAUCGGACCCGAUUGACCGGGAUGCCGAUCGAUCGGCAUCUCUAAGCACAAGUAUUUAAAAUGAUGUCACACAAUAAUGACAUUGGUUUAGGUAAUAUAUAAUAUAAUAUAAUAGUAUGCGUGUUGCCGUCAAAGCGAAUGCAUAAGGGCUGGUCACAGCUUAGCACAGCAUUUAUGCUUAUUGACAAAUAGAGGUCUCCAGACUAGGAUGCAUGGGAUUUGUUAUGUGAGCAGACCGUUUGCAUUCAUGGUGGAAAAAUUAAAUGAACGAUAAAUUAUUGAAAAAUAAGGAAUUAUAAACACGUCAUUCACUGUUCUGAAACUGUACCUUUGUUAUUUUGAGCAAGAAGCACCGUGUGAGCCAUGUGUGAUAUGGCAGUGCCUUAUUGGGCACUUGAUCCAAAAAAACUGAUGUUUGCACUAUUUUGAUUUCCACAAGAAAUACAGCUUCAGUUGAAGUUUUUUUUCUCAGAAUGUUUAUGGGAAAACCUGGUUGUUGUUACAUUUAUCAUUAUUAAAGUAUUCAGUGGGGCAUCACAAUACAAUUAGUCAUAAUAUAUGUUAAAAAAAUUGCAUACAUCGGUAGCGGAUUUUUGGAGUUGGACAAUAUCGGGAUAUCACUCACUGGAAAAAAAAAAACUCAUCGCACAACUCACAAUUUGUGUUUAUGAAGCUAUCUGCAGUUGGGCAAGGGCAUUAAAAUUAGUUUAAAGUGGCAUUAAAAAGCGUUAAAAGAGAUUUGGCGAUACCUGUAGUAACCCUGUAUUCAUUAAAAAUAUUUAAAAAAUAAAAAACAAUAGUUGCUGUCUACCCCCUUUUUUAUUUAAAAAUGUAAACAAGUAAAAAAAAAAAAAAAAAACAUUAAUCAAAAUUGAUGAUCAUAGAAAUAUUGUUUCUCGCGAAAAUAAAAUUUUUAUUAAGAAAAGAUCCAGGACUAUUUUCAUUUUUAAUUCAAAAUGAAUUAAAAGAUAAUAAUAAUUUAAAAAGUGCUGUUUUUUUUCUUUUUUUAAUAAACUUUUCCCCCUUCAAAAAUAAACCAUUAAAAAAUAUAUAUUUAAAAAGAAAGUUUUCCCAUUUUGUGUAUUUACUAAAAAUGUAAAAAAAAAAAAAGAAUCAAAUACCUAAAAAAAUAGAAAAUAUAUACAUUUUUUGCACUUUUGUUUUUGCCAGGAAGAGGCUCAAAAAAGAGGAUGUAGACAUUUUUUGGGUCAACAAAAUCUAAUGUUCAUCAACUAUCAACCUAGUAGUCGAUUAGUCACUUAAUUGUGGUAGACCUUGUUAGCAAACCUAAUCAUCCUCCGAUGGAAAUCAAAACUACGACUUGUCCCACCACAUAGCUGACUGACACUAUCAAUUCAAAUUUUGUAAGGUCUGAGAUAAACUAUUUGAAAACCAUGCGAAGGGUUUAAGGGGGGUGGCCUAGUGGCUGAAAAGUGUCAUUGCAUGUAAUCAACUUUCCUACAUAUGAUUUUAAAAUGAGUUUUCCGGUAAAAUAUUGUCUAUAAAAGUUGUGAAGCAAUAAAACAACAAAGUGAAUGAAAUGAACAAAAAACGAAAAGAACCACCUGAGGACCGAAGAGGCAAGAUGGAUGUACGUAAUUAUUUUCAAACCUAGCUUUCAAAAGCGACAAUAACUACAGAGCAAGAACCAAGGAUUGAAAAUGUGGACCAUGAAACGCCAGAGAGCACUGCCAAAAUGGUGAGCGUAGUUAGGCCUGUCGCGAUAUAAAAUUUUAAUGUGCGAUAAUUUAUCUCAUAAAUUAUUGCGCCCCCCCCAUUUAAAAAAAAAAAAAAAAAAACAAUUUACAAUAAGACAGUGAGAAAUUAGAAUACAGUAUAUAUUAUUAAUAGAUCAAGUACACCCAUAUAAACGCGAUAAAUAUUUACUCCUAAAUUCAAAAAUACUUUUUAAGGAAUCACAACUAAAAACAAUAGACCAUGCCUCUUAAGUAAAAGACAACAUUAUUAAUACGGCACGGAAACACAGAAUAAAUAAAAUGUGUUUUUCAAGAAAAAAAUAAAAUUGCACUUAAUAACUUAAGCAUUUAGGCAAAUGGAAACUUUUCCUCACAUAGCUUCUGCAGUGGUGUUCCAUAGGGAUGCAACGAUACAUUUAAGUCACGGUUCGGUACCAAUUUUCGAUACGGGGGACAUAAUUUUCGAUCCGAUUCAAUACAUUUAAUGCUCUGGGGGGAA